AUGGCCCAAACGGUGUUGUUGACGGGAGCCUCGGGAUUCAUUGCCCAGCACAUAGCAAAAUUGCUUGUUACGGAAGGUUACAGCGUGGUGGGAACCGUGAGACUGAAGAACAAGGGCAACCAGCUUGUGGAAAACUUGAAGAAACUUGGAUCUGGCUCCUUUACAUAUGAGAUCGUCAGCGAUAUUGCUGAGGAAAAUGCCUUUGACGAAGCUUUUAGCAAGCAUCCCGAAAUCAGCGUUGUUUUACACACGGCGUCGCCGUUUUUUUACGAUACCAAGGACCCAGAGAAGGAGCUUAUUUUGCCGGCCAUUCGAGGCACAGACAACGUUUUCGGCGUCAUCAAAAAGCAAGUUGAUGCUGGCACUUGCAAAAUCGAACGUGUGGUGCUCACAUCCAGCGAUGCUGCGUUGUACCUGGCAGAAGAUGAGCAGAGAAAGGAACUACACUUUGAUGAGACCUCGUGGAACCAAAUUACGUACGAGGAUGCGGUCAAGGAUCCCAUCAGCGCAUACUACGGUGCAAAGACGUUUGCAGAGAGAAAAGCGUGGGAAUUCUCCAAACAAGAUGGGUUCCCUCCACUCACUGCGGUGAACCCAGUGUACGUAUUUGGGCCUCAGGCGUUCGACACCGAGGCCAAGGGCAAGCUAAACACGUCCAACGAGAUGAUACGUGGCCUUUUGCUGUUGGACGACGGCGAUACGUUUUCAAACGAAACUGGAGGCUACAUUGACGUGAGGGAUGUGGCUCGUGCACAUGUGUUGGCCUUUCAGGAAGACCAGCUCAUGUGCAAAAGGCUUUUUAUGACCAAUGGCAACUUCAGCGUGCAAAUGAUGCUUGACGUAAUUCACAAGCACUUUCCGCAAUUUUCAGAGGUUCCUAAGGGCAAUCCAGGUUCUGGAGAGUUGGACACUACUAGUUUGGCAAAGAAGGAUAAUAAGGAGACCAGAGAGUUGGUGGGAUUCGAGUUUGUACCGUUUGAGAAGAUGGUGGUGGAUGUCGUUGGACAGAUCGUGAGAGCAGCAGGUGAAGAGCGCUGA